AUGAUUACUAAAGAUGGACGAACUCUGAGGACUAAGUGUUUCAAGCCGCACCUAAUUAGCCAGUCGGGCGAAGUAUGUGAUACCGAUAAAAAAAAGUCAUUACUUCCUCCGCUGAAACGUGUCGAAACACAGAAGAAUGAGCCUCAAAAACCAGAAUUUCAUUUCCGCAGUAGCCGUGAAGACGGACCUUCACUAUUCUCAGGAGACUGGCACCACCGGGAACAAGAAGCUCUUGCAAGGCUCCUUGAAGGCCCACAAAGAAGGCGAGCUCUUGAGCAGCGAGCCAAAGCCCGGCCAGACUCAAUUUAUCUGGCCGUGGACUACAACGCCGCCGAGGAAGCUAGACGGCUGGAGCUGCAGAAAGAGUGGUGCACGAGGCUGCACGACUAUGCGUAA